UGACCGAGGCGCGUCACUCUUUGCCAAGCAAUGGACGGAAGAAUGGGCGGGGAUAGCGACGCCAUUAGCAUAUUGUGUUAGAGACAGGAAGACUUCCGGCAACAAGAGGUGAGGAGAGGUUAUAUGUGCGGAGAAGAGAGCGGAGUGCAGCAGGACAGUCAUGCCAUUUUUGGGUCAAGACUGGCGUUCUCCAGGCUGGACCUGGAUAAAAACUGAAGAUGGGUGGAAAAGAUGGAAGUUUUGUGGAGAUGAUCCUGAAGAAAACAACAAUAUUAAUCUCCAGCUAUUAAAUCUAGAUGAUCAAGAACCUUACACAGCUGAAAAUUGUGCAUUCUCCACUAACAAAUCAGAAAAGGAGGAAUUUAACAACGUUGCAAAGACACAGUAUUUUUAUCGUGAUAAAUGGAUUUAUGUUCAGAAAGGGAGUACACGAGAAAGACAUGGCUAUUGCACCUUGGGUGAAGCAUUUAAUCGUUUAGACUUUUCAAGUGCAAUUCAGGAUAUCCGAAAAUGUAAUUAUGUUGUCAGACUGCUCCAGCUGAUAGCAAAGUCUCAGCUUACAUCACUGAGUGGUGCCGCACAGAAGAAUUAUUUCAAUAUUUUGGAAAAAAUUGUCCAAAAAGUGGUAGAAGAUCAGUACAAUCCACGUUUAAUACGAGAUCUUCUUCAUGACCUGAGCUCUACGCUGUGCAUGCUGCUGGAAAGAUUUAUAUUGGUUGGAAAUAUCAAUAUCUGGAUUUGUCGCUUGGAGGCUAUCCUCUCCUGGCAGGAGCAACUGAUGAAUCUGCAGAUCAAUCCGAAACUUGGCAAUAGCCUUAAAUUCUGCGAUAUGCCAUUGCACAUGCAAAACAACAUAUUCCAUAGGUUUUCAGAUGCCUGGGACAUCAUCAAUCUUGGCCAACUGGGUCAAACUUUGCAUGUUCUAAGUGAAGACCGUCAUCUCUGGAAAACACUGUGCAAGUAUCACUUUACGGAGAAAAUGUUUCACCAGCACUUGAUCUUGACAGAAAAAGGUGUCGUUGACUGGAAACAGAUGUUCUUCAGACUCCAAAAGUUCUAUCCAAAAAGGGAAGAAUAUGGAGAUACACUGCACUUGUGUCGUCACUGCAGCAUUCUGUUUUGGAAGGACUGUCAGCUAGCUCUUAUAUUUAAGGACUCUGGACAUCCUUGCACGGCUAAUGAUCCCAGUAGAUGUCUUACGCCGGUCUCUCCACAGCACUUUAUAGACCUUUUCCAGUUCUAAAUGGAGUUCAUUGUUCUGUUAGUAAUUUGUGAAUGAAUGAUGUAGGUUAUUUUAAAGGACUUGUACUGGUAGUUUAAAUGUUUAUGGAAAACGUAUCUCUGCUGGACCAUGGUACAGGUGAGAAGACCAAAUAUGUUUUAUCUGAAGCUUAUUAUUAUUAUUGUUUUGUUGUAUUUCCUGUUUCUUUACACUAAAUAGUGUGCGCAUAUAUAUAUAAUACAUGGUUUUGUACUGUAACUAUAUGGUACUACAAACUUAAAGAUUUCCAGAAUAAUAUUGCA